AUGUCGAUGGAUGCGAUGACGCCGUCGUUCGAGAGCAGCGCCAUUAAAGUCUAUCAUGAACCGCCCCAGCAGCUGGCGCUGAGCAACCAUAACCUGCACGGCUUCACACGCCGAGUAGAAACAGGGGAUGUACCCCUGCGCUUGGAUGUCAUUCCCGACGACGCCUACGUCGACUACGGCACGAACGUGCCGAAGCUGAGCGUUGAAAAAAAGGAGGCCAAGGAUCACAGAGAGGCCUCGGUGUUGACUGCAGCCGCUCGCACCCGAGACCCGGGCGACCUCAGCAGCGAUGUGGCCGACUCCGUCACGCAAUACAGCAACGUCAGCCUGCAUGGUGGCGAGGCGUCCAUUGAAGGCAACGGGUGGAAUAUCGAAGACUCCAGCGUGGAUCCGCAGGUAGGCAGCCCCACGCGACACCACACAGACCCUCUGAGCUCCGCCAACCUGGACCAGCACCUGCACGAGCUGUCCCGUGGCCCUGCCCCGCUCAGGGUGGAGAACAUCAUCGCCUCUGGUGUGCCCCACCUCCAGCGGCAGCGCGACGCGUCCACGACCACGGUGCUUCCAGAGACGACGGUAGCCAGCCUCAUGGUAGAGCCCAGCGAAGUGGAUGCCAUGUCUUCCUCUGAGGUCAUUUCGCUCUCGCGCAUCCGCCCUGCCAAGCUGGCCUCCGUCGGCGAUACGAUGGACGAUAUGUGGAGCACCACAUCCACUCGCGGUUUCGACACGAUGUACUUUGGCGCCGGCGGGACCAAAGAUGAGACUCUGCACGCCCUGUCCAAGGAAAACUUGCGGCAGCUGCGCCACCAGCUGGAGAGCGGCGAGACACCGCUGCGUCCGGAGGUGCUGGCUGGCCUAAGUACCAUGGUGCAGGCCAUGACGCAGACAAAGUCGACCAAGUCCGCCAGCACAGCUGUUGAGCCCACCGUGACAGAGGGACGUUCAAAACUGGUGGAGUCGGCAGCCUGCCUUGGAAGCUCUUUGCAAAGCUUUGCAGACACCCGCGGCCCCUUUUUGCUCGCCUCCGCCAACCUCAUCAAGGACGGCGAUGCCAGUGCGACCGCCGGCAUGUCGUUUCGCCGCACCCUUGUGGAUAUGCCAGCGAGCGAGGCCGGCGACGGCCGUGCGCAUGACUCCUCCGACUACCCGAACCAAGAGUUUCUUUGCUCGCCGCACGUUGACGUCAGUGACCGCAAUGUGGAUGAGGGCGCGGUGGACGAAGUCGAGGCGGAGAACGAGGAUGAAGAGGAAGACGCCUUGCAUGCGAAGACAUCCACCAGCGAUGACUCUUGCGAGGGCCAGAACGAGAGCGUCUUCAACAUGACUGAGGACGAUGGCGUCGACGACAUGGCCGACCCGGCGGCCAUGUCGCGUCACAUGCGGGAACUGUUCAAGCUAGUCCAGGAAGGUCGCCAAGAUCAGUCCCAUCUCCGUCAGCUUGUCCUAGAGCAGCGCAGCGUCAUUCAGUACCUGCAGAGCACCGUCAAGGAUCUCGAAGCGGAACUCUCGGCACUGAAAAAGCACUAG